CUGGGAGCGGCAACUAAUAACUCGCCUUACCCCAUAACCGUGCUAGAGUAUCGGGGGCCAGUGUGAUCCGCCCGGGGAGGAGGCGGGAUGUGAGCGCGGUGUGGCCGCUCGUACGGAUACCCUCCCCGUUGGCGGCUCGGUGUACUCCGGGGAAUCCCUGACACUACGCCGGCUAUUAGUACACCGUCCCCGGUCAGCAGGAGACUACAGUCCCUCCCUCCCCACGCAUCUGCUUUCCGGAUCCCGUCUCCUCCCGGUGCUGGGCGGGUUCUGCGGGGAGAGGCGGCUGGAGCCCCCUGCAGGCAGAAUCCGGGAGGAUCGGUGACCUACGUCUACCCUUGGGGGGGUAUAAGUGGCCAGCGCAGACUGUCAGCCCCGUAAUGAGCGCGGAUGGCCGCACGCGCCUGUCCCCCUGAUACAUUAUGGCGCAUCAUGGACUAUUCUCCUGGACUCCUUCCUAAGUAUCUGCCCUGCAGAGGAUGAACGGAGCAGCUGGGGGACAAACACAGAACAAAAUGACUGCCCCGAGCGAUCAAGACCUGUGGUCCCAAGAGGACAUGCUUACCCUCAUUGAAACGAUUAAGACAACACUGCCUGCACAGGACAACACAAAGUACAAGACCACAGAGUCCCACUUGGACUGGGACAAGCUGGCGUUUAAGAAUUACACUGGCCUAAUGUGUCGCCGAAAGUGGAUUGAGAUCUCCUAUGAGAUCAGAAAGUUUCGAACACUUACAGAGUUGAUUCUGGAUGCAGAGGAACAUGUAAAGAACCCAUACAAAGGAAAGAAACUGAAGAAACAUCCUGAAUUUCCCAAGAAGCCCCUGACACCCUAUUUUCGCUUCUUUAUGGAGAAGAGAGCAAAAUAUGCAAAGUUACAUCCAGAAAUGAGUAACUUGGACCUAACCAAGAUUCUGUCCAAAAAAUAUAAAGAGCUUCCAGAGAAAAAGAAGAAUAAAUACAUUGAUGAUUUCCAGAGAGAGAAGCAAGUUUUUGAGGGCAACAUGGCCAAGUUCAGAGAAGAACAUCCUGAUCUUGUGCAGACCACAAAGAAAUCUGAUGUCCCAGAAAAACCUAAGACCCCUCAGCAGCUGUGGCUCAACCAUGAGAAGAAGGUCUAUCUCAAACUAAAGCCUGAUGCCAGUGUAAAGGAUGUUAAAGAUGCUUUAGGAAAACAGUGGUCUCAACUCUCCGAUAAGAAACGUUUAAAAUGGAUCCACAAAGCACUGGAACAGCGCAAGCUGUAUGAGAACGUGAUACGAGACUACAUUCAGAAACAUCCAGGGUUGAACAUUUCUGAAGAGGUCAGCACCCGCCCCACCCUAACCAAGGCAGAGCGCCAACUCAAAGAUAAAUUUGAUGGAAGGCCAACUAAACCCCCUCCGAACAGCUACUCUAUGUACUGUGCAGAGCUGAUGACCAACAUGAAGGAUGUCCCCAGCACUGAACGCAUGGUACUCUGCAGCCAGCAGUGGAAAUUGCUCUCUCAGAAGGAGAAAGAAGCUUAUCAUAAGAAGUGCGAGCAGAAAAAGAAAGAGUAUGAAGUGGAGUUAAUACGUUUCCUUGAGAGUCUUCCAGAAGAGGAGCAGCAGAGGGUUCUUGCAGAAGAAAAGAUGGUAGGCAUGAACAAGAAAGCAUUGUCCACUCAAGCAUCAAAGUUAGCAGCACAGGAAGCUGCCAAGCCAAAGAGUAAAUCUGCACAACAAAACAAGAAAAAAGCUGCAGAUGAGAGAGGUAAGCUGCCUGAGACCCCCAAAACAGCAGAAGAAAUCUGGCAGCAGAGUGUGAUUGGGGACUACCUUGCACGGUUUAAGAAUGACCGAGCUAAAGCCCUGAAGUGUAUGGAAACCACUUGGAUGAACAUGGAAAAGAAGGAAAAGAUCAUGUGGAUUAAAAAAGCAGCUGAAGACCAGAAGCGAUAUGAGAGAGAGCUUAGUGACAUGAGGUCUCCUCCAGCCACAGUAGCCCCUGGGAAGAAACUCAAGUUCCAGGGGGAACCUAAGAAAGCACCAAUGAAUGGUUACCAGAAGUUCUCACAGGAACUCCUGUCAAAUGGAGAACUGAAUCAUCUACCCCUGAAGGAGCGCAUGGUGGAAAUUGGAAGUCGCUGGCAACGGAUUUCCCCCAGUCAGAAAGAGUAUUACAAGAAGUUAGCAGAAGAUCAACAGAAAAUCUACCGUGUGCAACUUGAGUCAUGGAUGAAGAGUUUGUCCUCUCAGGACCGUGCAGCUUACAGAGAGCAGACAACAAGUAAACGCAAGAGUACAACAAAACUCAAAGGACCCAGCCCUAAAGCUAAACCAGUUGUGCAGUCCAAGUCUGACGAUGAUGACGAUGACGACGAUGAUGAUGAUGACGACGAUGAUGACGAUGAUGAUGAUGAUGAUGAUGAAGAAGAUGAAGAUAAAGAAGACUCUUCUGAUGAUGGGGACUCCUCGGAAUCUAGCAGUGAGGAAGACAGUGAAGAUGCAGAGGAGAAUGAAGAUGAGGAGGAAGAAGAUGAAGAUAACGAAUCAGGCUCAAGUUCCUCCUCCUCGUCGUCCUCCUCGGCAGAGUCCUCAGACUCUGACUCAAACUGAGAAGAAACUACCCGUUGUAAUGAGUGGAACAACAAACUGGGACUAACUUGUUUUGAGGGCACCUAUCGCCUAUACACUCGAGGCGUACAUUUUGUGUGCUGAACUAAUAUUCAGGAGACUGCAGCUUAUCAAUACAAUAGGAAACCAUGACAUCAUGAGUAGGUGCAGCCAUUUUAUGCUCUGGACUAAUUCACAGAGUGUCAUUAGGUACGUUUGCAUUGAUGGGCUGCAUUCUUCUGAAUAUUUGUUCAGGCCACUCUGUGUGGACAUAAGGGGAUACUUUAACCCCUCAGGGAGCUAGUCUCAUAGGUAAUGUACAAGUUUAAGACUUGCACCAUGUAAAAUUUUAUACAGUUAAGCUGUACAGCGUGUGGCGACACCAUGAACCUUGCGUCUCUCACUCUUUUUGGAAUCCAUUGUGCUUUCCAAAUGUAUCUUACCAGACUGACACUUUUUUUUUGUGUGUGUCCGCUUUUAGUUCUGUAAAUCAUCCAUACCUGCUUCACCAAGCCCCUAAACCAGCUCUUCCUCUAAACCUAGUCCUAAAUCUGCCUAUAUUACCCCACCACUACCCAUUGCCCCAAAGUUGUGCGUUUGGCUUGCAUAAUGGUUUUAUUUUCUCCUCCUUUUUUAGUAUUGUGUUUGCCUGAGCCCAGAACCACCACUUACAAUUGCCCUACCUGUCUUCGCAUUUGUUCUCAAAUAACAGGCCUCACCCACUUUUGUCACAUGACUGUAUUACUAGUUCCAUGAUGACACAUGGAUUAUUCAUUAAAGGCAAAACACACCUUGCUAUGAGGAGAACCAUGUUCAGAGCACUUUGUUAAUUUUGGCAAGUCAUGUGUUCCUCCGUCUCAUUUUUGUUCUAUGUCACCCAUUCUACUUCUGUUCUGUCCCCUCUUCUGAACCCUACCUGUUUAGUCUCCUUUCUGGCACUGCUUGUUCUCAUUAUGUUUGGUAAAGGGGGCAGCAUUAAAGUGAGGGACGAUAAGAUUUCAUAUUCACACUGCUUUUGUAUAUAUCACUGGUCACAGUAUAUAUUUGUGAGGUAACAAGCAACUGUUCACUGCAAACAGUGGAAGGAGCCAUGUUGUGGCAUGAGAGCGCAUCCUAUCAGUCGCUAGUGAUACCACUGAGGCAUGAGGUACAAAGUGAACAUUUGCUCAGCCCACAAAAUGGCUGCAUCCAUUAUGCAUAGGUGACAGAUGCACAUUAAUUUUUAAGUAGUGUGUGAACACCAUGCGAAAAUCAGCUGACAGAUUCAGGAGUGUGAGUUAUGGAGUUGCAUUCAAACUGCUCCAUUCUCAUUAACAAUCCCCCCCCCUUUCACCAAAAUUAUUGGUUAUGCGGGAGGGGGAAGGGGGUCAUUUGGUUAUUUCUUGCUUGUACUUCAAUCGUAUUUUAGCCAGCCUGUUUUAGUAUGUACAUCUAUUAAAAACAAAAAAAAACCUUUUUUUGUUUUCCGAGAGGGCUGCUCCGUUUUAAAAAAAAAAAAACUGAAAAAAGCCCUAUAAGUUACUUUGUAUUUUUGUUUCUUAAAAUUCUUUCUCUUUUUGGGGGAAAUGUAGAUUCUUACUGUGAAGUUGAACGCGCGGUGAGUGGCAAAAGACUUUUAGUGCAUUUUUAGCACUAUGAAAAAAUAGGAUGUGAGCUGCGUUACAGAAGAGAGAAACCCUUCCUUUUUUCCUAUAUGGACAAUAUUUAAAACACACAUGCUUUUUUUGUAGGUUAAAAUGAAAAUUUAAAAAAAAAAAAUGUGUUUUGUAACAGAUUCAUUGGUUUAGUGUAGACAGUUUAAAGAAAAAAAACGUGCGUUCUCAUUAUUUUUGUUUUGUACAAAGAGGGGAGGGGAAGCGAUUUCUGUUCAGUUCUCUGGAAAAAAUAAAACUUUAGGGAUUAC